AUGGCGCAAAAAGUAACACCAACGAAAACUUUUUAUCGCGAUUUGGGGAAUCUUUGCCGCUUAUGCGGUAACGAGCCUCUGUAUACUAUAAACAUUUUUAGUAAAUCUGGUCAAAAGAAGCAAUUGAAGGAUAAAAUUAUAAAAUCAACGGGAUUGUGUGUUCAGAAUGACGGUUCUUCUGAUGUUGUGUGCCGUAAAUGCGAAAGAACUUUGGAUAAAAUUCUUCAGUUCCAGGAAAAGGUUAUUCAGACCCAAAAAGUAUUUGAACAAAAAUCAUUUUUCAAGAGAGUGAUCGAAAUGUCACCUUCUCGAGGCAGUUUGAGAAAGAAACACGUAUCUAUGCCAGCUACGCCUACCAAAAUUUCUUCAAAGAGAUUGACUUUUGACAAAACCGAUGUCGAAGACACUUUGCAAACACAACCGCAAUCGAUAGAUCUAGAGAUGCAGCCUUUGUGUACAGCAACGGAGGACGUUUUAACAAAUCAACUUCCUCGCUUCAAAAAGUUUGUGUCAGUCCAUCGUCAUAAUAUUGCCCCGUCCACCGUGUCAAUUCAAAUUUCCACACAAGUGGAACAGCCUGCGUCCGUUAAAAGCAAGUCAACUGGUGUCUAUUUGGCAAAACAAUUAAAUCCCUCAGAGAUCGCGGCUCUGGAAAGAAGUGUUGCAACGAAAGAGCCCACUGCCGUUGCCCAUAUUGUUAUGGUCAAGACACCUGUCGUACUUUACGCC